CUCAGCCUACAUAACCUUGUGAAAGACCAGUGUGUGCAGCUGAACAGUUUGUAAGAUGUACUCCGUGGUGGCGUGUUUGCUGCUGGGAACGUUGGGCGUUUUUGGAGCUCCCGAUUCGCAUGAAAUCAAAUUUCUCCCCGGGCUUCAGAAACAGCCCAGCUUCAGACAAUACUCAGGAUAUUUUGACGUGGCAGACAACAAACACCUCCACUACUGGUUUGUGGAGUCUCAGAAGGAUCCAGCAAACAGUCCUGUCGUUCUCUGGCUAAAUGGUGGUCCAGGAUGCAGCUCCUUGGACGGACUGCUCACAGAACAUGGCCCGUUCUUAGUCCAAGAUGAUGGCAUGACUUUGCAAUACAAUCCUUAUUCUUGGAACAAGAUUGCCAACAUGCUUUACCUAGAGUCACCAGCAGGGGUCGGUUUUUCCUACUCUGAUGACCAGAAGUACACAACCAAUGACACAGAGGUGUCCAUGAACAACUAUCUGGCCCUGAAGCAAUUCUUCAAGUUUUUCCCAGAGUACAGUAAGAAUGACGUGUACCUGACAGGUGAAAGUUAUGGAGGCAUUUACAUUCCUACGCUUGCAGAGAGAGUCAUGGAGGACAGCAGCAUCAACCUUAAAGGCAUUGCUGUUGGAAAUGGCUUGUCCAGUUAUGAGCUGAAUGAUAAUUCUCUGGUUUACUUUGCCAACUAUCAUGGACUUCUUGGAACCAGUUUGUGGACAGCCUUGCAGGGAAGUUGCUGCAAAGAUGGAGUCUGUGACUUCUACAACAACCAGAAUCCAAACUGCACCAAGAAUCUGAAUGAAGUUCAGCUUAUUGUUUAUCAGUCUGGUCUUAAUAUCUAUAACCUGUAUGCUGACUGUCCCGGUGGUGUACCUGAUAGGGCCAGCAUUGAGAACGGGCAGCUUGUGAUCCGGGAUUUUGGGAACAGUUUUAUCAACCACGAGUGGUCUACAGCGUGGACGCAGAAAGUUCGAGGAGUGGCGUCUUUCUUCAAGUCAGUGAAACUUGAUCCUCCAUGUACCAACUCCACACCAUCCACUAAGUAUCUGAACAAUCCUUAUGUUAAAUCUGCUCUACACAUCUCCCCCAAAGCUCUGGACUGGCAGGUGUGCAGUGCUGAGGUGAAUCUGAACUAUAACCGUUUGUACAUGGAUGUGAAGAAGCAAUAUCUGAAGCUGUUGGGAGCACUGAAAUACCGUGUGUUGAUAUACAAUGGAGAUGUUGACAUGGCCUGCAACUUCCUAGGAGAUGAGUGGUUUGUUGAGUCUCUUCAACAAGAGGUUCAGGUGAAGCGUAGGACCUGGAUCUAUAACAACGGGGAAAGCCAACAAGUGGGUGGCUUUGUCAAGGAGUUCAGUAACCUGGCUUUCCUCACUGUUAAGGGUUCAGGUCACAUGGUCCCCAGUGACAAGCCCAUUGCCGCCUACGCCAUGUUCAGUCGCUUCCUUACCAAACAGCCAUACUGACCGUCCUGCAUAGGGAUCAUACCACAACAUCUCUGGUUCUUUUCUUUUUGGUUUUUUUGGGGGUUUGUUUUUUGUUUUUAUUUUUUGUUCUGAUUUGCACUGAAUCACUGUGAACGCACUUGAUCCCUGUCUAUGGUGGUACAAUCAGACCCAGAGUUUUCUCAGAGAUCUGCUGUAUCUGUGUCUUGGGUGCGGCACUGCCGCAUUCCUGUUAGCUACACGUGUCUUCAGUCUGUCGUCAUUUAUGCCAGUCUAAACCUGGCAUUGCUGGCUUUAUUUACCGCAUUGCUUUUGCACUUAUGAAGACAGAAAUUGACUGUGUUUUGUUUUUUAAAGGAAAGAAAGUGUUUGUCAGACCAGUUAAUGAUGCCUUAUUGUUAAUCAGUGCAUUGGAUAUCCACUCACGUAGCUUGAUUUCUAUGUCCCUCAGAAGCACAACAUAAACACUGCUGUAGUGUACAGCUACUGAGGCUAUGUGACACCUCUCCUUUUUUUCCCUCCCAUUGGUUGGAGGAUAGUGGUUAUACAUUUGAGUGGUUGUCUGUCUGUAAUAGGUCCAUCUAUGGCAUAUAAACAGAUGUCUGUAAAACUUUAAAUGGGUAUGUGUUUGCACUUGAUUUAAUUACAUGGAAACUUGCGUUGAAUUUCUUCUGUCUCAUAGAAAGGGAAUUUUUUAAAUGCAUUGUAUGUUGUCGGGAAGAUACAGUAGAUGCUUACAUGUGUUUCUCAUGUGAAACUAACAUGAACUUUAUGGCACAUACAUCUCGCUUUGUUUGCUCUAAUGGAGGGCAGCGUGAUUGGUCUUUAUUGCUAAUUCUGACAUUUAAAUGCUUACAUUCUCUGAUUUGUAAAAUCAUGUA